UUUAGAUUGAAGGAAGAUGAAACAUAUUCAAGACUUCGAAUGAAUAUUAUAUAUGGUGAAGAAACACGAGUACAUUUUUCAUAGAAAAGAGCUUCUGUUCAAGUUUCAAAGCAUUCCAUGGUGGUUUGACGAAGUUUUUGAUGACUACAGCUUUUAAUUAAUUCCAAACUGUGUUAUCAUAAUGUCCAAUUCUACAUCCCUGUGUGGUGUGUGUGGUCUGCGUCACCUGUCUAAACCAUCGACAGUCUGGUGUCUUGAUUGUGACGAAGGACUUUGUUUUGAUUGCAAAGAACAUCAUAGCUUACUGAAAGCGACAAAAAGUCAUAACAUCAUUUCUAUCAAUGAGUAUCAGAAAUUACCACGGAACGUGUUAGAAAUUACACAGUACUGUACAAAGCACGAAGAAAUUUUCCAAAUAUUUUGUAAAAAACACGACUGUCCUUGCUGUAGAAAAUGUAUUAUUGAAACUCACAACAACUGCAUAGAUUUAAUCGAAAUUGAAGAUUAUAUAAAAGAUGUUAAGUCCUCGGCUAGGUUAAGUGACCUUGAGGACAUCCUUAAUGAAACGACUGAAAACGUUAAAAAAAUCUGCAUCAAUAAACAGGAAAAUCUAACAUCUCUUCAGGAAGUAAGAAAGAAAAUAGAAAACGAAAUUGUACAGACCAGGAUUAAAAUCAAUAACCACUUAGACAAACUACAGGCCGAUUUAAUUCAAGAAUUAUAUGCAAAAGAAGCAAACGAAAGCAAAAAAAUACUACAGGUAUUAAAAUUGUUAGAAGAGAAAGAGGCUCAAUUAAAAGAAUGUCAAAAUAACUUUGUACACAUAAAGAAAUAUGCGUCUGAUGUUCAACUUUUUCUUUCAAUGAAACAAAUAGAAAACGACACUGUGAAAGAUGAAGAAUUUGUCCAAUCAUUGAUGGAAAAUGGAAGAAUUUUUCAAGUAAUAUUAUAUUUGAAAGACAUUAUUGACACCAAAAACAUAGCUGUCGAUAUUCCGUACAUAGGAAAAGUAGGUGUGGAUUACUCUCCAAGUCUAGUCAGUAUCACAAAAAAUAAGGAAAAGCAAGCGCAGAUGAUGGCGACCAAAACGACCAUAAAGUCAAUUAAAAAUAUCGCGCUAAAGGUUCAAAAAAAGAUAACCGCAUGUGGAAGUGGGUCGACGGGGUGUACACAACUUUCACAUGGCAAUAUUGCAUUUGCAAAUGAGAAGGAAAGGAACAUUACAGUAGUAAAAUCGGACGGGUCACUUGACUUUAAGAUCGAUUUAAAACCGUACCGGCCUUUAGAUAUCACAUAUAUUCCCUAUACCAAUACCAUUGUUGUCACAUCUAGAAGUUCAAAUGACAUUAAAAUCGUUGAUGUAAAUGCAAGAGGAGUGCUUAAAACGUACUGUUUAGACGCACCAUGUGCAGGUAUAGCGUACACAGAAAAAAGAAUUAUUUUAUGCUCCACAAAUGAAGGAAUACUUGAAUUGAAUCAACAUGAUGGAUCAGUAAAGACCAUUGUACCGGACAAACUGCACGAUUAUGCUCAUGUUGCUCUCCUUGGAGAUCAGAUCUUCUACACAAAUUCACUUACGAAAUCAGUAAUAUGUUGUGAUCUUCUUGGAAGAAAACAGUGGGUAUUCCAAUAUCCAAAGCUAUCCAGACUAUUCGGUGUCGCUGUGGACAUUGACGGACACGUGUUCGUCGCCGGCAAUAGCUCUCACAAUGUUGUUGUCAUAUCUCCAGACGGAAAACAACAAAAACAACUGUUAUCUUCCAAGGAUGGUGUUGAUUGGCCUAAUGGUUUGAUCUAUGAUAGACAUAAAAACCAGUUACUUGUUACAAAUUAUGAUAAAGGUGCAGUUUUGUAUAAUGUUACAUUGGUAGAUUAA